AACGGUCACUGCCUGAGAUCUGCUGGGCGUGUCCAAGUAAAACAAAAUGGCGGACUGGGAAUCAGGAAAGCCUCCAUUAACACCCCCACAGCAAAAUGUCCAACCUUUCGAUCAAGGAUCCAGUCCUGGGUACAAUGCCUCCCAGUAUUCAGGACUUGGACCUAUGCCGGUAACAGGUCAACCAGGGGUGGGGCAGCCAUACGGAUACCAUACCACCAAUACGACUGUGGUUGUACAACAACAACAGGUCCCAACUCGACCUUCACCGAGAGACUGGAGCACCGGUAUUUGCGGCUGUUUCGAAGACAUGGCAUCCUGCUGUGCUGUGACCUGGUGUGCAAAUUGCUAUAUGUGUUACCUCUCGAAUAAGCUAGGCGAGUCCUGUUGUCUACCUUUCGCUAUCGCAGGAUAUGGUUCUUUGGUUCCUCUCCGAACCAAAGUCCGCGCAGAAAACAACAUUGUCGGCAGUAUCUGUGAGGACUGUUGCAUGGUCUGCUGGUGCCCCGCAUGCGUCAUGUGCCAACUGUCACGUGAGCAUGAUAACAUCCAGCUGAAUCAAACAAUUGUCAGAUGACAUUCUUAAAUAUUGUUUUGUUAUACUAAAAAUUAGUUUCAUUCAUCCGAAGCUAGAACUGGUAUACAGUGUUUUAAUUUCUUAGUUAUAUACUACAGACAUUUUUGUUUUCUUUGAUGCAUUUUUUUUCAAACACUUGAUGUAUUGAGAGAACAGUCAAUUGAUUGAUUGAUUAUUUUCAGCUCUGUCUUCAAAAAUUCUUGCAAAUCAAGGACGUGCAUUAAUCAUUAAAUGAAUAUAAGGAAGACGGAAGACCUGCCUGUUGCUCCAGCAACGAGCUUUGCUCUACUUAUUAUUAUUAUUAAUUUUUAAAACAGACAAGAAGUCUAGGAACGUAUUUAAGGAAAAUUAUGGCAAGAUAUAUCAUAACCUAUAGACAUAUAUAGAUAUGAAUUAAUAAAUGUAUUGAUAUUGAUUAAUAAAUAAUUGAUAAA